AUGUCUGUAGAGAAUCGAACAAGGAAGUGCGAGAGCAAAGGCAAGGUGCAUGUGCUGUUUCUAUGCUUCUCGCGUGCCCGUGUCGGUGUGGUGUUGCGACAGGGGUGGGUGAUGAUGGACAACGGCGGCUUUAGAAAUUGCGCUGUCCAUGCCCUGGGACAUGAGCGUUUCAGGAGUGAGCCCGCCUCUGCGCAGCCAACCUGUGUGCCAGCACACGCUCCCACGCCCAUCCCUCCCAAGCAGCCCGCCGCCUCAGUCCCGGACAGCACCGCAGCACCGCAGCACCGCAGCGUGACGAUGGUGACGCAGCGACGAUACUCGGUCACGGGCCAGACGCCCCCAGACGACGCAGAGGCCAUGAAGGCCGAGCACCGGUCGCCCAAACUGCAGGCGCUCGACACGACGGGCAACGACAGCGGAGCGGAGCAGGUGCGAGGGCGAAAGAUGGCCCACGCGGGCACGGCCGUCCGCACCUCGAGCAAGCGGUCGGCCACGCAGCUGCCCUCGCCCAACUCGCCGUCUCACGAGCUGCCGCCCAAGAUUGCGAGAUACCGUCUGGGCCACCAUGGCGACGCCGACGCCGACACGGAUCACGACACCGACACCGACUCGGACGCGCCCGACCUGCACAGCCAGGCCACGUCGAUGCCCUCGUCCCCCGAGCACUCGCACCCGCGCUCCGUCGGUGCCCUGCCCGACGCCGCCAGCCUCCAGAAGCUGCACCUGUGCUCGCGGGAUGGCUCCGAGGACGACUGCAUGGAGGACCUGGCCCUGUCGCCGUCCCACUCGCGCAACCCCAGCCUCGACUGUGCCUACAUCGACCACAAGUCGACCCUGCAGGAGGACUGGGCCGCCUACCAGCGGACACACUGGAUCCCUCCGCCAGAGACGCUCCACAUCGAGCAUGUCCACGAGUCGCCUGUCAGCGAGGCCCACGUCCCGCCCACGCUCCUGACGCUGCCGCCCGAGAUCCGCCACCAGAUCUACCGCAACUGCGAAGAGCUCGUAUUCAAACAGCCGCUCCUCUACUGCAUUGCUACUGCCUUUGAUAAGAUCCAGCACCCUCUCGCCUCCGUCUCCCGCCAGGUUCGCGCCGAAGCCCUCGCCAUCUUCUACAGCUACAACACAUGGACCGUCAAGGUCGAGUUCAGGAUGAUGUACGAAGGCUUCCAGCACUGGAUCAUCCGCUUGGGUGAAGGCGCGGGCUCUCUCCGACUUGUCGACUUCUCCGUGCGCGGCACCUUGUUCAAGCCUCGGAGAACACAUACCCAGAGCGUGCUGGUGCACGGCCAGCUCAUCCAAAUCACCCCUGGCGUAUUGCCCAACGGCAGGGAGGACAUGUAUUCUCCACCCGAUGGCGAUGCGAGCUUCAAGAUUGACCUCUCGGAGAAGUAUCCCGGCGGAAGGGUACACCUUGUGCGAAAUGAUGGCACCAACGAGGCAGGCGAGACAGGUCGAGCACAGCUGGCAAAGAUGGUAGAGGUUCUAUGGGACAAGCGUCGAGCUGGGACCCUGAACGGGCAGGACUGGGUCAACAUGGUCGACAACUUCAUCACCUUCAUUGGUGGAUGGGUUCGUGGCGACGGCAACAAUCUUCCUUGA